AUGUUCUUUAGGAGAUCCCGAAUGAGGAAUUACGGAUUCCGGAGGCUGAUCCCGGUGAUUUUGGCAGCUCUUGUCGUGGCCUCCCUUGUGGCCUUCACUAUCCGCACGACUGGAAUCCCCCGUUUGAUUCGUGGUUGGCCUGAUUCGUCGGAUGACAUUUCCUCCUUCGCCGAUGUCUGUGUGGAACUAGAAAUCAUGGACAAGCCGAAGCUACCAAUACGAACAGAAUUAUCUCUGCGCUUGGGGAAGAAGAAUCUUCUACCACCGAGGAACUUAGAUCUCUUCCCGAAGCUCGCAAGGCGCCAUGUCAAGAUCGUCCUGUAUGUCCACAACCGUCCGCAAUAUCUCCAGGUAGUUGUUGAUAGUUUAUCAAAAGUGGAAGGGAUAGGUGAGACCUUGCUCAUUGUCAGCCAUGAUGGAUACUUCGAAGAAAUGGAUAAAAUUGUAAAGAACAUCAAAUUCUGCCAAGUGAAGCAGAUCUAUGCUUCAUUCUCUCCGCAUCUGUUCCCGAAUAGUUUUCCAGGGGUUUCUCCCGGGGAUUGCGUUGGGAAAGAUAGUCAGCUGAAGUGUGAAGGGAAUGCUGACCAGUAUGGGAACCAUCGCUCUCCGAAGAUUGUAUCCUUGAAGCAUCACUGGUGGUGGAUGAUGAACACUGUGUGGGAUGGUCUAGAGGAGACAAGGGGAUUUUCAGGGCAUAUUCUCUUCAUAGAAGAGGAUCAUUUCAUCCUACCCAAUGCUUACAGAAGUAUUGAACUGCUGAUAAACCUGAAAGCUAGGAAAUGCCCCGACUGCUUUGCUGCAAACUUGGCACCCUCCGAUGUGAACUCGAAGGGAGAAGGGUGGGAGAAUUUGAUUGCAGAGAAAAUUGGCAAUGUUGGCUAUGCUUUCAACAAGACCAUUUGGAGGAAGAUCCACUCAAAGGCCAGAGAAUUCUGCACAUUUGAUGACUAUAAUUGGGAUAUAACAAUGUGGACCACAAUUUAUCCUUCAUUUGGGACUCCUGCUUAUACUCUUCGUGGCCCCAGAAGGAGUGCAGCACACUUUGGUAAAUGCGGUCUGCAUCAAGGGCAAGGAACUGGGGACACCUGCGUUGACAAUGGUUUGGCGAAGUUUGAAGUGGAGGAGGUUGAUUAUAGGGUGAACAUUAAAUCGUCCUGGGAUGUCCACUUUCUCAAGAAGCAAGGUGGCUAUGACGAAGGAUUUAAAGGUUGGGGAGGGUGGGGCGACAAGAGGGAUCACGAACUUUGCUUGAGUUUUGCAUACAUGUACCAUAAUCUUUCUUCAUCCUUGUGUUGA